CAUGGGAUUUUACAUCCCUAGUGUGGAAGACCCUGGGCUGCCUGUCCCUACGGCCAAUCGCACCAAAGUCUCACGGAUCUCUGUGCACCAUCUGAUCUUGCUCCUCCUGUGACGGGUCAGGCUGAAUCCACGAUCAACGCAGGAGCUGCUCCCUCCAGAGUGGAAAGCAGUCAUUGGCACUUAGGACAGAGGGAGCGGACCAUGCCUGGCUUGUGAAAACUUAAGGCUCAUCCUAAAACGCAAUGUCCCUGCUGUUCACUUGCUCCAAAUCCAUAGUAGCUGUGAAGAAGGAUAAAAGACACAUGGCCGAGGUAAAUGCUUCUCCACUCAAACAUUUUGUCACUGCCAAGAAGAAAAUAAACGGCAUCUUUGAACAGUUGGCCGCAUAUAUUCAGGAGAGUGCCACAUUCCUGGAAGAAACACACAGAAAUGUGGAACUUGACCCUGUCACCACAGAAGAGCAGGUAUUGGAAGUCAAAGGAUACCUGUCAAAAGUCAGUGGCAUUAGUGAGGUGCUGGCACGGCGACACAUGAAAGUGGCUUUUUUUGGCAGGACGAGCAAUGGAAAAAGCACAGUGAUAAAUGCUAUGCUGUGGGAUAAAGUCCUUCCCUCCGGGAUUGGACACACCACUAACUGUUUCCUGCGUGUGGAGGGGACGGAGGGUCAGGAUGCCUUCCUACUUACUGAAGGCUCCGAGGAGAAGAGGAGUGUCAAGACAGUCAACCAGCUGGCUCAUGCUCUCCAUCAAAACGAACUUUUGAAUGCUGGCAGCCUGGUCAGUGUAAUGUGGCCCAAUUCCAAAUGUCCUCUUCUAAAGGAUGAUCUGGUGCUUAUGGACAGCCCCGGCAUUGAUGUAACCACAGAGCUAGACAGCUGGAUUGACAAGUUUUGUCUGGAUGCAGAUGUAUUUGUGUUGGUGGCAAACUCUGAGUCCACACUGAUGCAAACGGAGAAGCAGUUCUUCCACAAAGUGAAUGAGCGUCUAUCUCGCCCCAACAUUUUUAUCCUGAAUAACCGCUGGGAUGCAUCAGCUUCAGAACCUGAAUACAUGGAAGAGGUCCGUCGACAGCACAUGGAGCGCUGCACCAGUUUUCUAGUGGAUGAGCUGGGUGUGGUGGAUAGGGCGCAGGCUGGAGACCGCAUCUUCUUUGUAUCAGCGAAGGAAGUGCUCAAUGCCAGGAUCCAGAAAGCUCAAGGGAUGCCAGAAGGAGGUGGAGCAUUGGCAGAAGGAUUUCAAGUAAGAAUGUUUGAGUUUCAAAACUUCGAGAGAAGAUUUGAGGAAUGUAUCUCGCAGUCUGCAGUGAAAACAAAGUUUGAGCAGCACACCGUGAGAGCCAAGCAGAUUGCAGAAGAUGUUCGCCUAAUCAUGGACUCUUUGCAUAUUGCUGCCCAGGAGCAGAGGGUUUAUUGCCUGGAGAUGCGAGAGGAACGACAGGAACGCUUGGGUUUUAUUGACAAACAACUGGAGCUGCUCACUCAAGACUACAAGGGGAAAAUAAAACAGAUCACAGAAGAAGUGGAGAGACAGGUGUCAAAUGCAAUGGCGGAAGAGAUCAGGCGGCUCUCAGUGCUGGUAGAUGACUACCAAAUGGAUUUCCAUCCAUCUCCAGUUGUUCUCAAAGUUUACAAGAAUGAACUGCAUCGACACAUUGAGGAGGGGCUAGGCCGCAACAUGUCUGAUCGCUGCUCUAAUGCCAUUACUGCUUCCCUCCAAACCAUGCAACAAGAAAUGAUAGAUGGUUUAAAGCCCCUACUGCCGGUCUCUCUACGGGGUCAAAUAGACAUGCUGAUCCCUCGGCAGUGCUUCAUGCUCAGCUAUGAUCUGAACUGUGACAAGCUUUGUGCUGACUUCCAGGAGGAUGUUGAAUUCCAUUUUUCUCUUGGUUGGACGAUGCUUGUGAAUAGGUUUUUGGGACCAAAGAAUAGUCGCCGGGCCUUGAUGGGCUAUAAUGACCAGGUGCAACGACCUUUACCUUUAACCCCAGCAAAUCCUAGUCUGCCUCCCUUACCUCAGAGCUCUAUGACCCAAGAAGAGCUGAUGGUGUCCAUGGUGACUGGAUUGGCAUCACUGACUUCCAGAACUUCCAUGGGGAUCCUUGUCGUUGGUGGAGUGGUCUGGAAGGCUGUGGGUUGGAGACUGAUUGCUCUCUCUUUUGGCCUUUAUGGACUCCUUUAUGUAUAUGAGCGCCUCACUUGGACUAUGAAAGCAAAGGAGAGAGCCUUCAAGCGCCAGUUUGUGGAGUACGCAAGUGAGAAACUGCAGCUCAUUGUCAGCUACACAGGCUCCAACUGCAGCCACCAAGUCCAACAGGAGCUUGCUGGAACAUUUGCUCACUUGUGUCAGCAGGUGGACGUCACACGGGAGAAUCUUGAGCAGGAAAUUACUGCCAUGAAUAAAAAAAUUGAAAUCUUGGACUCAUUGCAGAGCAAAGCAAAACUGCUUAGGAAUAAAGCAGGCUGGCUGGACAGCGAACUCAACAUGUUCACGCAUCAAUACCUGCAGCAAAGCAGAUAAUGUGGGAAGGCAAAACAUUUCACUUCAGUACACUCUCAACCGCUGCAAAGAACAUGGUGGAUGAUGGACUCUCUAAGGAACACGUGCACAAACGAGUGGUUGUGUGAUCUGUCAUCAUGUGAACAGUGGGAUUCUGCUUCCCUGUAUCAUGUCCAACCUCUCCACACGCGUUGUGUAUAUCUUUUUUCUUGCCUGCCAGGAGAUUAGACUACUUCCAGGAGGAAUUUCUGCUUCAUGCAGAAUGAAAUACGGUAGUUGUCAGGGGUUUUGGUGUUUUGUUUUUAACUUACUAGUCACCAAAGUUUAUCCAGUUCAGAUUUAUUCUAACAAAGCUUUCCCCUUGAUGAAUUAUAACCUUAAUAUGUAAAGAUGGAUCUUGAUAAUUCUUUGAUGUACAAAGCCACAAGAUCAGAUGUGUCUGAAAAGCAGUUAUUAAUUUAAACGCAGACCUUUCCUUCCUCCCACAUGCAUCUACAGGUGCAGAUAACACUAACCAUCCAUACAGAGACCUGUCCACUCUUCUCAUUUUUCAACUACAAUAUUAUGGGGGAGAGACUCACUGCUCUUUUUUGCUUUUUCCAUAGAGAAGGGUCAAAUGUUUAGAUCCUGGAGCAGAAAACAAAUAUUUUUUUGGUUGGGGCUUCUCCUGAUCUCUAUGGGUUUGGGGCACAUUCCUUCUCAAAGCUCUUCAGUUUAAGAAAACUUUUUGCCUAGUCCCAUGUAACUUCAGAGGCAAAACUGUCUGUCAUUGCUAAGUUGCGGAGUCAGUGAAAAUAGCAGUUGCAUUUGGUGACUUGAUAAAUUGAUAUCUUUCUGAGGUAGAUAAGCAGGAUCUGAGACAGGUAGGGAA